UCUCAUCCAUAGGACCAGAAACUAAGAUAAGGUGAUAAGCACACGUGGCACAAACCCAAUUACUGCGCUACUCCUACAAACACAAAACUCUCUCUCCUCCCAAUCCUCUCUCCCUCCACUGCCCCAACUUACCAAACCAUGGCCUCAACCACGCUCCUAACUCCCACCUCUAAACUCAAAUCCCUCCCUCCAAUCAAGGCCACCAAACCCACCACCACAACCACAAUUCCACAACCCCGCCGCCGCGAAUUCUUAUCUUUCGCGGCUGCGGCGGCAGCAACUCUGUCGUCACCAGCAUGGCUUUUCCCACUGACACCAUCCGCAUUUGCGGCUUCUGACGAAGAGUACGUUAAGGAAACAGAGGAGGUGAUCAGCAAGGUGAGAAACACCAUUAACAUGGACAGGAAUGAUCCCAAUGUGGCUUCUGCUGUGGCUGAGCUCAGAGAGACAUCAAAUUCUUGGGUGGCUAAGUACAGGCGGGAGAAGACUCUGCUUAGCAGGGCCUCUUUCAGAGACAUGUAUUCGGCAAUCAAUGCAGUGUCAGGGCAUUAUGUUAGUUUUGGACCAACAGCUCCACUUCCGGCAAAGAGAAAGGCGAGGAUUUUGGAAGAGGUGGAAACUGCAGAGAAGGCCUUAUUAAGAGGCAGGUAAAUUCAAAAACAAAAAACAAAAAAAGAUUAUUGAUCAGUAAUCAUGGAGAGAGGAGCAUUUUUUUUUUUGGUAUCAUUAAUAUAAUUAGUAUUUUGAACUGUUGCAUUUUUUUACAUUUUGUUUGUUAAUUAUGAGGUUACAGAGUGAGAUUAAUGCCGGGGGUUUUUAUCAUCAUGAAAACCCUGUUUGAUACAUUUACUAC